AUAUCGGGUCCUCGUUUGCCAAGGUGUGCCAAUCCGUUCAACUAACCGUGUCUCUGUUAAGUCGAAUCAUGUCUUCUAGACCAUCUCCCGUUUACGCCAGUCCCUCUCCUACUUAUGAGUCAUAUACCCCUUCCUCUUCUUCAUCCUCUUCCAUCUACGGCGGCACAUCCUCAUACCCACCACCGCGCAAGGUAUGGGUAGACCCCAAGAACUUGGCCAACUGUGGGGAUGCAUCUCAGAUACAGGGCAAUGUAUCCCCCUACGUUAAGCAACUCAUCCUCAACACGUUCAUUGCAUACGGGGCUGGUGACGAGCACUGUUUUGGUCAUUCCGUUGCCAAGGCAGUGAAGUUCAUCGACAUCAGUGCCCACGAAAGCCACGAAAAACAAGGUCGUAUGGAGGCAACGACUAUUGCAGAGAUUAUUGUUUCAAAAAGCAUGCUGAAUGGCGCGGGAAUGCUCCAUGGAGGUUGUCUGGCGUUUUUGAUCGACAACUGCUGUAGCACUCCAUUGGUGGCUCUGGGACUGAUACAAAACAUUAAUGGAGUGGGAGUCACUCAGUCGAUGAACAUCAUCUUCCACUCCCCUGGAUCAGUUGGGUCGUGUUUGCGUAUCAUCAGCACUUCAAUCGCUAUGGGCGGCCGCAUUAUGAGCGCUCGAUGCGAGGUCAUUAACAAAAAAACAGGCAGUGUAGUCGCUUCAGCAUAUCUCAACAAAAUGCAACCCGCCAUUUCAAAACUCUGAUAGUUUUAUCUCUUUUCUGUUAUCGACUCCUGACAGACACUGUAUCGAAAGCAAUCUCUCCUCGCAUGUACCAAACUAAGUAUAAUCAAUAGGCUUGUAUGAUCACAGAUACUGUAUCCAUUGGGGUUUUAUGGCGGUACAUACUUAGACAAUCUAGAUGUGUUAUUUCUGACUAGAAUGAUGAUUUUAUGGCUCUAGAUAAUUUCUUAA